CACGUCUCUUCCUUCAGAUCCAGGCAUCCUUCCGCCGCACAGCCGCCUCCGCCUCUGCGUCUCCCUUCCCUCGCCGGCGUCCUCGCCCGUCCCCACCGGGCCGACGCGCGGUAGAGAUCCUCCGCGCUUUGAUUGACUUCUUAGUUCUUCCUCUGCUGCAAGCUGCCGUUAUCAGCCAUGUUUGGACGCAUGACAAGGAAGAGCAGCAACAACACCAAGUAUUAUGAGGUUCUUGGUGUGUCUAAGACCGCGAGCCAGGAUGAGCUGAAGAAAGCAUACAGGAAAGCUGCCAUAAAAAACCAUCCUGACAAGGGUGGUGACCCUGAGAAGUUUAAGGAAUUGUCUCAAGCAUAUGAGGUUCUUAGCGACCCGGAAAAGAGGGAGAUCUAUGACCAGUAUGGAGAAGAUGCACUUAAAGAUGGAAUGGGAGGAGGCAGCAGCAGUGAUUUCCAUAGCCCGUUCGACAUAUUUGAGCAACUUUUUCCAGGUUCUGGCACCUUUGGGGGAGGUGGCUCAAGAGUACGCAGACAAAAGCGUGGUGAAGAUGUGGUGCGUACUAUGAUGGUUUCUUUAGAAGAUCUGUAUAAUGGAACAACCAAAAAACUAUCUUUGUCACGGAGUGUUUUGUGCUCAAAGUGCAAGGGGAAAGGAUCCAAGAGUGGGGCAUCAGGAACUUGCCAUGGUUGUCGUGGUGUUGGAAUGAGGACAAUCACAAGACAGAUAGGCUUUGGCAUGAUCCAACAGAUGAACACUGUUUGCCCUGAAUGCAAAGGAACUGGUGAGAUCAUAAGUGAGAAGGAUAAAUGCCCAGGCUGUAAAGGAAGCAAGGUAGUCCAGGAGAAGAAGGUCUUGGAGGUUCAUGUGGAGAAAGGAAUGCAGCAUGGCCAGAAGAUUGUAUUCCAGGGUCAAGCUGACGAAGCUCCUGACACGGUGACAGGAGAUAUUAUUUUUGUGUUGCAACUUAAAGACCAUCCAAAGUUUAAGAGGAAGUAUGAUGACUUGUAUGUUGAGCACACAAUCUCCCUCACGGAGGCUCUGUGUGGCUUCCAGUUUGUUCUGACUCAUCUUGAUGGUCGGCAGCUUCUGAUAAAAUCUAAUCCUGGAGAGGUUAUAAAGCCUGGUCAACACAAGGCCAUAAAUGAUGAGGGUAUGCCUCAGCAUGGUCGCCCUUUCAUGAAGGGCCAUCUGUUUGUUGAAUUCAACGUCGAGUUUCCCGAGCCUGGUGCACUCUCCCCUGCCCAAUGCCGAUCACUUGAGAAGAUCCUUCCACCAAAGCUGGGGAGCCAGCUGUCGGACAUGGAGCUGGAUCAGUGUGAGGAGACCACCCUGCAUGAUGUCAACAUAGAAGAGGAGAUGAGGCGCAGGCAGCAUCAGAAGCGGCAGGAAGCAUAUGAUGAAGACGAGGAGGAAUCUGGACCGAGGGUGCAAUGCGCCCAGCAGUAAUCUCUGUUCAUUGGAAUCUCCAAAAGUUUCCCGUCAGAUAUUGGUAUUGAUUCUUUUUUGGCAAAGAUUUAAACCAGUUUGAACUUGAAGCGUGUAGGUAUAGCAAGUAGAGCUGGAAAAAAGGAGAGCUCAUAAUGUCAGUCUUUGUUUGAACAUCCCUGGCUAACCACCGGGAUUCAGAACUUGGUCGUUCAGCUACAAUUUAUGGAGCAUGCAUGUGCCAUGCGCUACUGCCCUAGCUAAGCUCCAUUCCAAUUUUCUGUCCAAGUGUUUGUGUUGCCCGUCUUGUAUCUGAUUUAUGGUGUGCUAUUAUUAUCCUGUGCUAGAACAUGGACCUUGCUACGGUGGUUAUGGCUU